GACUCGUUGAUGAUAAAAGUAAUAAAUACAAAAUUCAAGUAAACAAAAUUAAAUAAAUCAUGUAAUCAAUAAUAUAUGACGUGAUUCGAAAAUCCUUCUGCAUACAAUUGUCUCUACAUGUAAUAUCGUAAUAUAUUAUUCUCUCGUCACAUGUAUAUUUUUUUUUUAAUUUAAGCGUGAUGUAUUAUCAUGCGUAAUUUAUGCAUCCAAACGGGGUCCAUUGAAAUAUAUUCUCAUAAACCAACUACACGUUGUCUUUAUCACUCAAAUUUUUAAAACAAAAUAGUCAUCAUAAAAGUGUUCGAAACAUUUCUCCGGUUGAUGUACAAAUUAUUUUUUCAAAAAUAAAAUUAGCCAUUAUUUUUUAAUUGUAAUAAUUUUAUAAUUUUAUAUGUAAAAUAUUUUUAAAAUUAUUUCAUGUGUUCAAAAAAAAAUAUCAUAAAAAUAAUAUUUAAAUUUUUCAAAUGUUAAUAAUCAAAAUUAUUAAUAAAUAAUUUUUCAUUCAAAAUUAAAAUGGGCAAAGAAUUAUUAUCAUGUCGAGAUGUUUUAUGGAUUCUUGUAUUUUGUGGUUUUGCUAUAAAUUACGUAUUAAGAAUUAAUUUAAAUUUGGCAAUUGUUGCAAUGAUUAUACCAAGAACAAAAGCUGCUGCAUCUGCUCAAUGUAUAACUCAAAAAAAUGAUAGUACCAUCAAUUUGAAUAACAACAGUAGUUCAAUUUAUACAUUGGCACAUCAAAAUUCACAUGAUAAUAUUACAAUUGAAAAAUUAUAUGAUUGGAGUGAGUAUGAGCAAGGCCUUGCACUUGGAGCGUAUUACUGGCUGCAUUGGUUGUCACAAUUACCAGGUGGACUACUUGCUCGUCGAUAUGGUACAAAAAAAGUUUUUGGUAUCAGUAAUUUAAUAACAGCUGUUCUAGGAUUACUCAUUCCAAUUGCAACUAAAUAUCAUCUUUAUGGGCUUGUUACAAUUCGUGUUGUUCAAGGACUCAUUUCAGGUGUUGUUUGGCCAUCAGCUCAUGAUUUAUGUGCAAAGUGGAUUCCUCCAAUGGAAAGAAGUAAAUUUGUCAGUGCCUAUUUAGGUAGUUCAGUUGGAGCAGCAAUAACAUAUCCACUUUGUGCAUUUGUUAUCAAUUGGUUUGGUUGGGAUGCUGCAUUUUAUGUGACAUCAUUACUUGGUAUUAUUUGGUUUAUUUUUUGGUAUUUUUUGGUUUAUGAUACACCAAAACAACAUCCAAGAAUAUCUGAUGAAGAAAAAAAUCAUAUUAUCAAUAAUAUUGGUGAUUCUUUGACAAAUGAACGUGAUGUUAAAGUACCAUGGAAAAAAAUAUUAUCAUCUGGACCACUUUGGAUUACAACUGUUGCUCAUUGGGGUGGUGUUUGGGGUUUUUUAACAUUCAUGACACAAGCACCAUCUUAUUUCAACUUUGUUCAUGGCUGGAAUAUAAAUGCAACUGGAUUAUUAUCAGGAAUGCCACACGUGUUAAGAAUGAUGUUCUCAUAUUUUUAUUCAAGUUUUAGUGACUGGUUACUUAGAACUAACAAGAUGUCAUUGAAUAAUGUUAGAAAAUUAGCAAAUUUUGUGAUGGCUGGUGGUGGUGCAUUACUAACACUUGGUUUGAGUUUAAGUGGUUGUCAGCCAACUUUAGCAAUUUUUUUUAUGAUGACUGGAACAGCAAUAAAUGGUGCAGUAUCAGCUGGAACACUGUCAAUUCUCGUUGACUUGAGUCCAAAUUUUGCAAGUGUUUUAUUUGGCUUUUGUGGUUUAAUGACAGCAGCACCUGGUUUUAUAUCACCUCUACUUGUUGGUAUUCUUACAAAUCAUCAGCAAACAAUUGAACAGUGGCGUCUUGUUUUUAUCAUAGCCGCUAUAAAUUUAAGUAUUAGUGCAAUUGUUUAUACAAUCUGGGGUACAUCUGAUGUACAAAAAUGGAAUGAGUGUGGAAAAGCACAGGAAAAUGCUAAUCAAGAAGAACUUGAAAAACUAAAACCAACAAAUAAUGUCAAUGAAAAAUAUGAUGACAAGAUAAAAUCACUUUGUUUAAAUUUUUUCUGCAUUCGAAUGCCAAGAGUUUUAAAUUUUGGUAAAAAAAUAUUAUUAAUUGUUGGUGAAUUUAUUGAAAAAGGAUGGAUGUCAUGUCGAGAAGUUUUAUGGUACCUUGUAUUUUCUGGAAGCGCCAUAAAUUACAUGUUAAAAAUAAAUUUAAAUUUAGUCAUUGUUGCAAUGGUUGUACCAAGAACAAAUAAAUUAUCAUCAACAGCAGCACAAUGUACUGUUGAUAAACCAUCAUUAUUUUCUAUAAAUAAUACAAUAUCAAAUGUCACUUUUCCAUCUUAUCAGUCAACUCCCUCGUCAAUGAACAUAUCAUACGAAGGCAGAUUUGAUUGGACAGAAUAUGAACAGGGUUUAGCUUUAGGUGCAUUUUAUUGGUCAUACUGGUCGACCCAUUUACCAGGAGGUUUACUUGCUCAAAAAUAUGGCACAAAAAUUAUUUUUGGUGGAUCAAAUUUACUAGCAUCACUGGCUGGACUCAUGAUACCAUUUGCUAUUAAAUAUCAUCUUUAUGCAUUUUUAUUAUUACGAGUUAUUCAAGGAGCUCUUAUGGGUGGAUGUGUACCGUCAAUGCAUGUUUUAACAGCGAAAUGGAUACCAUCAAAUGAACGUAGUAAAUUUGUAAGUGCCUAUAUGGGAGGCUCAGUUGGUACAGCAAUAACAUAUCCAUUUUGUGCAAUGAUAAUACAUUAUUUUAAUUGGGAAGCUGCAUUUUAUUUAACAUCAUUACUUGGUAUUAUUUGGUAUUGUUUUUGGUUGUAUUUUGUGUAUGACUCACCGAGUCAACAUCCAAGAAUAUCAAAAAUAGAGCUUGAUUAUAUUUUAGAAAAUACACCAAAAUCAUUGCCAAAUGAUGAAAAAAGACCAGUACCAUGGAUUGCUAUUUUAACAUCUGGACCAGUUUGGGUUACAAUAAUGGCACAUUGGGGUGCUAUUUGGGGUUUUUAUACUCUUCUUGCACAAGGUCCAACGUAUUUCAGUAGAAUACAUGGCUGGAACAUUAGCACGACUGGUAUUAUUUCUGGAGCUCCACAUAUAUUUCUAAUGAUAUUUGCAUAUUUAUUUGGUACACUGAGUGAUUGGCUUCAAGAAAAUAAAAAAAUGACAAGAACAGGUGUUAGAAAAUUAGCUAUGAUGGUUUGUACUGGUGUACAAGCAAUAUUCACAAUUGGUCUUGCAUUUUCUGGAUGUCAUUCAGUACUUGCUGUAUUUUUUAUGAUUACUGGUACCAUAACAACUGGUGCAUUAUCAUCUGGAUCACUUGCUAAUUUUGUUGAUCUUAGUCCAAACUUUGGAAGUGUUUUACUUGGUAUUUGUGGAUUAAUUUCAAAUGCUGCUGGUGCAUUGUCACCACUUAUUGUUGGAAUACUUACAAAUGGAAAUCAAACUGUUGAACAAUGGAGAUUAGUAUUUUUAAUAGCUGCUGCAAAUCUUAUUUUUGGUGCUGUUGUUUAUCAAACAUGGGGAACAGCUGAGGAACAAACUUGGAAUAAUAAUGUCAAAUUUGAUCAUGAAAUUGGAGAAGAAAUGCUUAAGCUUAAUGAUAAACCAGAAAAAAUUAUGAUUAUCAAUGAUAAUACAUGUUCAUAUUCAACAUCAUGUCGAAGUGUUUUAUGGUGGAUGGUGUUUACGGGAAUUGCUGUUAAUUAUAUGCUCCGAGUAAAUUUAAAUAUUGUCAUUGUAUCAAUUGUUAAACCACCAGAAAAACCAGCAAUUGAAUCAGAAUGUCGUGACUCAUGGAUAAAUUCAACACUCGUCCAUCGAAAUUCUACAAAACCAGAAAAAUAUUAUGAAUUUACGUGGAAUGAGUAUCAACAGGGUUUAGCUGUUGGUGCUUAUUAUUGGAUCCAUUGGUUGAGUGAAAUACCAGGUGGUAUAUUAGCAAGAAAAUAUGGUACUAAAAUUGUUUUUGGUAUGGGUAAUUUACUAGCAGCUUUGUUGGGAUUACUAUUACCAAUUGCAAUGUCAUUUAAUCUUUCUUCAUUAAUUAUCAUUCGUGCACUACAAGGUCUUGUUGCUGGCGUGUCUUAUCCAUCAACCCAUGAAAUGUGUGCGCGAUGGAUCCCGCAAAAUGAACGAAGCAAAUUUGUCAGUGCAUACAUGGGUGGUGGAAUUGGUAUUGCUUUGACUUACCCAAUGUCUGGAUAUAUAAUUGAUUACUUCGGUUGGAAAGGAGUAUUCUAUGUGACAUCAUUUUUAGGAGUAGUCUGGUUUAUAUUUUGGCAUUACCUGGUAUUUGAUACACCAGCUCAACAUCCAAGAAUAUCAAAAGAUGAAAAAACAUACAUCAUUGAAAAUAUUGGCAAUUCAAUAAGCCAAGAAAAUCAUGAAAAUAAUUCAACAGUUCCUUGGAUAAAAAUAUUAACAUCAAUGCCAGUUUGGAUAUCAAUCUUAUCAAAUUGGAGUUGUGUAUGGGGUUACUAUACUCUAAUGGCACAAGCUCCAGCUUAUUUUAAAUUUAUUCAUGGCUGGAAUAUUGAAGAAGCUGGUUUAUUAUCUGGUCUUCCUCAUUUAUUGACAAUGUUAUUCUCUUGGUUAUUUGCAAUAUUAAGUGAUUGGUUAUUGAAGACUGAAAAAAUGACAUUAACAAAUGUUAGAAAAUUAGCAACAAUUGCUUGUACUGGUGGACCUGGUUUAAUGAUACUUGGAUUAAGUUUUAGUGGAUGUGAACCAACACUUGCAUUUUUUUUUAUGAUGACUGGUAUUGCAUUUGCUGGUGCUGUUACAUCUGGACCAUUGUCAAAUCUUGUUGAUCUUAGUCCAAAUUAUGCAAGUGUACUACUUGGUAUUUGUGGUCUUAUUGUUGAUGCAGCUGGUUUUUUAUCACCAAUUUUAGUUGGUUUACUGACUUUUGAAAAUCAAAGUGUUGGACAGUGGAGAAUUAUAUUUAUUAUUUCGGCUGUUAACAUGGCAAUUGGAUGUAUUAUUUAUGGAUUUUUUGGAUCAGCUGUUCGACAACCUUGGAAUGAUUAUCAUAAAGCUAAAAGUAAUAAAAAUGAUGACAUUGAUUCGUCAGAUGAAUAAUUAAUUAUAAAUUUUCUUUUCA